GCGUGCGCGCGCCGGCUCGCGUUCCCUGCGCCCCUACCCCUGCGGCCCCGACUUGGUACGGCCGGGCGGUUGGCGUCCCGUGCGGCUGCGGCCAGAGGCGGGCUUUUCAAAUCUUCCCUUCGGAGGAGUGGUGACGGCCCAGCUGUUUGCGCCGAAGAUGGAGGGGCAGACCCUGAGAGGGCCGGAGCUCGGCCUGGCCGGGUUUCCCACCCAGCAGGACUGCAGCAUUCAAGAAAAAAUAGACUUAGAAAUUCGAAUGCAAGAAGCAAUAUGGAAACUCCUUUCUCUGAGUACUCAAAAAGACCAGAUUUUACACGCAGUUAAAAAUCUCCUGGUGUGCAAUGCACGAAUAAUGGCUUAUACGUCGGAACUACAGAAAUUAGAAAAGCAAAUUGCAAAUCAAACUGGAAUACGUAAUGUGAAUUUUGAAAAUAAAGAACGAACAGCAUGUAAAGGAAAGAUUGCUAUAUCAGAUAUUCGAAUACCACUAAUGUGGAAAGACUCUGAUCACUUCAGCAGUAAAGAACGAUCUCAGCGCUAUGCCAUUUUUUGUUUAUUCAAAAUGGGAGCCGAGGUUUUUGAUACUGACAUGGUGAUUGUGGAUAAAACAAUCACAGAUAUAUGUUUUGAAAAUGUAACCAUAUUUAAUGAAGCAGGGCCAGACUUUCAGAUAAAGGUGGAAGUGUAUAGUUGCGGUACAGAAGAAUCUUCCAUAACCAAUACACCAAAAAAACUGGCUAAGAAACUUAAAACAUCUAUAAGUAAAGCAACAGGAAAGAAAAUAAAUUCAAUGCUUCAAGAAGAGGAUCACGAAACAUGCUUGCCCUUCAAUUCUACUAUUUUUGGUGUAAAGUAUAAUUUGCUAGCUCAUACUACCCUAACAUUGGAAAGUGCUGAUGACAAUUUCAAGACCCAUAAUCUGUCUAUUAAUGGAAAUGAGGAGUGUUCAUUUUGGCUUCCCCUAUAUGGCAACAUGUGCUGCCGAUUAGUCGCCCAGCCAGCUUGUAUGGCUGAGGAUGCAUUUGCAGGAUUUCUUAAUCAGCAGCAUAUAGUAAAAGGUCUGAUUAGUUGGAGAAGGCUGUAUUGCAUCUUGAGAGGGGGUAAACUGUAUUGUUUUUAUAGUCCAGAAGAAAUUGAAGCUAAAGUGGAACCAACUUUGAUAGUGCCCAUUAAUAAGGAAACCAGAAUUCGGGCAAUGGAUAAGGAUUCCAAGAAAAGAAUCCAUAAUUUCUCUGUCAUCAACCCUGUUGCUGGACAAGCUAUAACUCAGAUUUUUGCAGUUGACGAUAGAGAAGAUAUUCAGAAAUGGAUGGAAGCCUUCUGGCAGCAUUUCUUUGAUCUUAGCCAAUGGAAGCACUGUUGUGAAGAACUUAUGAAAAUUGAGAUUAUGUCACCACGGAAACCACCUUUGUUCUUGACAAAAGAGGCGACCUCAGUCUACCAUGAUAUGAGCAUUGAUUCACCAAUGAAACUUGAAAGUUUAACUGAUAUAAUACAAAAAAAAAUUGAGGAGACAAAUGGACAGUUUCUUAUUGGUCAGCAUGAAGAAUCCUUACCACCUCCUUGGGCCACACUCUUUGAUGGUAAUCAUCAAAUGGUCAUCCAGAAAAAGGUUUUGUCUCCCGCAGGCGAGCAGUUACAUGAUGGGAAAGGGAAAAAGAGACGAGCUCCCCUGCCCCCUUCUGACAAACCUCCAUUCAGCUUAAAAACACAGAGCAACACAGAUCAAUUUGUUAAGGACAAGUGGGGAAAAACAAGUGUACCUCAGACCUUGCCUUUGGAAACCAAACUGUCAACCCUAAUGCAUCACUUACAGAAACCAAUGGCUGCUCCUCGAAAACUUCUUUCUGCCAGGAAAAAUAGUUUAAGUGAUAGUGAGCAUGCAGACACUAAAACCAAUUUUGAAGCCAAGCCAGUGCCAGCUCCAAGGCAGAAAUCCAUCAAAGACAUUUUGGACCCUAGAUCUUGGUUGCAGGCACAAGUAUAGAAAACCCUUAAUGUAUAAAACAUUUAACAAAAUCUAUAGCUGUGAGGCUUAAUUCUGAGGUAUUAUAAAUAUAGUAAUAUAUAAUUAUAUAGGUAACUAUGACAGUGAUUUACAUCAAUAAUUAAUAAGCUGUUAGAUAUAGAAAAACAUUUUGUAACGAAGCAAUGGAUUUCUCGUUUACUUCCAAUCUUCAGAAUAUAACUGAUUUCCCCAACAGAGUGCAAGAGGCAGUUGCUAGACAAUAUCCUAAUUGUUGGAAGGGUUAAUUUAUUCCUAAAUUAGUACCAGGCAGUGAAUAAGCACUAGGCAGAAGAAAGCAUUAAAAUUUCUUUUGAGGAGAGACUGUCUAGUAAUUUAAAAUGUGUUAAAAAUGAGCCAUAUUCUCAUUGUAAGAAUUUUAAUACUAAUGGAAUGUUUCAAAGGUUUUAUUCAAACCACAAAUUAUAGAAUCCACCCAAGAAAAUUUUCUUCUUAGCAUUCUGGAAUUCUCAUCUAAUGGUUCACUGGCUCUCAUCUAUUGUUUAACUCACUAGUUUAUAGGCCUGACCUUUUAAAUUCCUGGGAUAAAUUUUGGAAUAUUAAAUUUUUCAUCUUUAAAGGGAAUUUGUAAUGUGCUAUUCAAAGUUGUUUCCUUGAUGAGCCCUGAAAUCCUGUUGACAUUAACUCUCAUAAAUGAAGCAUAACUUUUAUUAGAUUAGAGAAAUGGUAGAUGAAAUGUUCUUUACAUCCAAUUUUCUGUGUGUGGUGCUAAUUUCCAUUGUGACUAUGGAAUUUGAGGAAGUGAGUAGCUGAUUAACACUUUAAAAUUCAUUUAAUACUUAUUUAAAAAGCAGAUGGGCGAUUCAAAAAUAUCAGAAAAGUUGGCCAUGGUAAUAAUUCUCAGAAUUAGUCCUUUUUUCAAAAUUUUAAUUAGAUUUCCUUUUGCUAGUAAGGAUUGAUGUCUGCUAUUGAUAUUAUUCAUUAAAAGUCAUUCUUACAAUAAUGACAUUGGAAUCAUUUCCAUAGGAGGUAAUUUCCAUAGCAACUAAUCAUAGUGACCCAAACAGGAUUAUAAAAUCAAGUGAGGAAUAAAUAACAAGGGGAAGAAUACCUUAAAGGAACAAAAAAUCCAUUUUUUACAAUAAUACUUGUUGUAAACAGGAGCUGAAUGGUUUAAAAAAUCUGAUCAGUGUUUCCAAAUAAAACAGUUUCCGUAAGGUGUCAGCAAUAGCACUAAAAAUCUCAAAUCACACUGAACCUAAAUGUCAUUGCAAGAAAUAAAAAUAUAAGAAUUAAA